GUUAGGUAUCUAGCCUUAUUAUUUUCUUUUCUCACACACAGUCACAGCACAACAAGCUCUUCACUUUCUUCUCCUGGUCGUUGCCAAUCAUUGUUCAAGGUCAACGUUCAUCUACUACCCUCGCCGUUCUUCUGUCUCACGUCGCCAUUCGUACAUCGCCUUACUCCAUCUUCUCAGGGUUCAUCACUGCUGUUGCUAUCCUUCAUUUCUCCAUUCAUCCAUCUCAUCACAGUUGUGGUCGACCACAAACACAGAGUUCUCUUUCAUGGACAAUUUUGAUAAAUACAGACUUACAUUUGAAGACAUAAGAAACGCCACCAACGACUUUGGUUCUGGCAACUUCAUUGCUGAAGGUGGAUUUGGGAAGGUCUAUAAAGGAGAAUUCAUCGACUCUAAGGGUGUCACCAUGGGUGCUGUAAAGCGUUUGGAUCGCUCAAUAAAUCACGCAGAUAUCACAUUUGGAACAGAGAUCAUGUUGCUUUCCAGUUUUAGACAUGAAAACAUCAUCUCACUCAUAGGAUUUUGUGAUGAUGGGAAAGAAAAGAUCAUUGUAUAUGAAUAUGCAUUUAACAAAAGCCUUGAUUUUCAUCUACAUAAACCCAGCCUCACAUGGAUUCAACGUCUCAAGAUAUGUCUUGGGGCUGCACGUGGCUUGCAAUACCUUCAUGAUCCCAAGGGGACACAACAAAGAGUAUUGCACCGUGAUAUUAAAAGUGCCAACAUCUUGCUAGACAAAGAUUGGAAUGCCAAAAUUGCUGAUUUUGGCCUAUCCAGACAAGGCCCUGCAAAUCAACAACACACAUUCCUUUUCUCUACUGCUAAAGGCACUCUUGGCUAUUGUGAUCCUGACUAUAUAGAUAAGAACGAAUUAACGAAAGAGUCAGAUGUGUACUCUUUUGGCGUUGUAUUGUUUGAAGUUUUGUGCUCAAGGCCUUGUGUUGAUUUAAAAUAUAACGAUGUGCGAAAAAACCUUGGGGUCUUGGUAACGUGUUAUACAGAAAAAAAUAUAGAUGAUAUUAUUGAUGCUAAGCUAAAGCAACAAAUGGAACCGAAUUCUUUUGAUACAUUUGUAAAACUGGCGUAUCAAUGUUUGGAAAAGGAUCGGUCACAUCGCCCGCCUAUGGCUUUGGUUGUGAAAAGGCUUGCAACUGCUCUCAAACAUCAAGAGGAUUUCGAGGCUAAACGUCAAAAAGCAAAGAGGAGAAACGUAGUUUUACGUAACAUACUGUUAAAAGAAUUGGAUAAUCCUCUUGGAUUUUCAAAAAAUAUGUCCACCAGGAGGAAGAGACUCGCUUAUUCUGUACACAACAACAGGGGACAACACCAACCAACAAUCGUUCAAAGAUUGCUUGCGCAUUCGAUUUUUACUCAAAGAUUUUAAUGUUUUAUACCAAGAAAGAGAUGUAUCGAUCCACUGGGAUUACAAAGAAGAAUUAUGGCGGAUUUUGGGCACAAAAGUCGCACUUCCAAGGCUGUUUAUAAAAGGUAGGUACAUUGGAGGAGCAGAGGAAGUUUUACAGUUGCAUGAGCAAGGGAAGUUCCAGCCACUUCUGGAUGGAAUACCACAAGUUAUAUCGGAAGGGAAAUGAACCACACAAUAGCUAGAAGGUGGAUUCUAGUAGGAGAGGGUUGCUAAUGAGAUGUAUAAAAUGUAGUAUGUCUGAUUGCCAAGAUUCCUUGUUAGUUGUAAGCUAUUGACAAAAUUGCAAAAAUGGUCCUUGUGGUUGGUAAAA